GUGCGAAGUUGAAAGCGUGGUGUUACACACAGUUGUAUUCGGAUGACGCCGGCCGUUGAACUUCCGGCGGCAUCAUCUUUACUAACUCUUUCUUUCAAUUCGGGCCAUGGCCGGGAACCAUGUCAAUUUGAAUGGCCUUGCAUCAUUCACACCCGCCGCAUCUGCUGCUGCACCCGCAACGGUCUCGGCCCUCAAUAGAGGGGGAGGAAAAGGGCCACGAGCAUUGGCGCCCGGGUCCGGAGGUGUCGGUGGUGAAUUCGGCAGCAGCAACGGGGAAUCGUCAACCGCGUCUGCGUUUAUUUCCUCAACGAUAACGACGCCGAUGAGCAGUGUGAACACCGACGGGACUGCCAACAGCAACCUCCCGGACAACACGGCAGACGAUGUCGGCACCGGUGUAAUCUCCAAAAAGCGCAAGGCGGUCCCGGGAUCGAGAGGAGUUGCGAACUUGACCCCGGAGCAGCUGGCCAAGAAACGGGCGAAUGAUCGUGACGCACAGCGUGCUAUCCGAGAGAGGCAGCGCCUCAAGAUUGAGCAGUAUGAGCGGGAGAUUCGUGAGCUCAAGUCUCAGCAGCCGUAUCUGGAGUUGCAGGCUGCUGUUCGCCAGAGGGAGGCUGUUGAGGCGGAGCUGGCCGAGGUGAAGGCAUGUCUGGCUAGUAUUAUGCACUUGGUUCAGCCUCUGCUGGCUAAGGGGUCGCAAAUAGUUGGGCAGCAGCAUCCUGCGCCGUUACCUUCGCCAGCUCAGACACACCAUCCGUCGUUGCACCACCAACAGCAUGGACUAGUAGCACCAAUUCGGACACCUGUGGGGUUUUCGGGGUCUGGCCCGGGCAGUGUUGCCUCCCCGGGCUCUGUCGGUACUCAUGGACGAUGGCAUAACAGUAUGUCGCCUGUGGUGACGCCCAUGUGCACAGAAGGUCAACAACACCAGCAACAUCCACACCAGCCACACCAGCUUCAGCAACCUCAACCCUCUUCCCAGGCCGGUAUUCUCGCCCAGCAACGCCACGACCUCGGUCACGGGUUGGACCUAGGUUCAGACCGUCUCGGCCUCGAAUUCCUCCUCGACCCGGCCCAGAAAAUCGCCCGGAUACAUCAAAACGCUGCUGCUGCUGCUUCCACCCAGUACCAUCAUCAAGUCCCUCUGUUGAUACCACCCACACAAACCACUUUCACGAAACCCACUCAGUCACCACCACUACCACAACAUCAACCCCGAGAAGAAGAAGAAGAAGAUGAUGAUGAUGAAGAAGAAGACUUCUUCACCCUCCCACUCAACUCCCCCCCAACCUGCCCCCUCGACUCAAUCCUCCUAGACUUCCUCUCCGAACGCCGCCACCUCCUCUCCCUCCCCUCCUCGCACGCAAACGACGUCCUCGGCCCGCCCUACCCCUCCAUCUCCUCCCUCCUCAACCCGUCAACCCCCUCCCACCCCCUAUCAAAAGUUUUUACGGACAUCCUCGCCCGCUUCCCCGGCCUGUCCCGUCUCCCUGAGCGCGCAGCGGUUUUGUACCUCAUGUUCCUCCUCAUGCGCUGGCAAGUCUCACCCACAAGAGAAAACUGGGAGAGGAUCCCGGAGUAUUUUCGCCCCGGGGGGUUGCAGAGACGGAAAAGGCACCCGGCCUGGGUGGAUUAUAUACCCUGGGGAGGGAUGAGGGAGAGGAUUGUACAAAUGUGUGAUGAUGAUACGGAGGAGGGGGGGAUAGAGUUUGAGAAUUUUUUUAUACCGUUUACUGGGACUUUGAGGGUUGGUUGGGGGGAGGAAGGGGAGGGGGAGGGGGGGUGUGUACUACUACGACAGAAAGAGAAAGGGGGGGUCGUAGGGGUGGGGGAUGGGAUGGUGAUUAAUCCCGCUUUUGAGGCGCAUGUGAGGAGGUUGGAGAGCUGGAGUUUGGGGGGGGAGUUUGAGAGGGCUUUUCCUGGGUUGGGGGGGACGUAUAAAUUGAGGAGGGGGUGA